CUUUCUCACCCUUAGUCUGUGCAUCCCAGCCUUCCUUCCUAGAUAUCCAUCCCACACCUCUCCAUCCGCAAACAGCUCUUACGGUGGGAAAAGAGAGAGAGAUAGAGUGAAAGAGAGAGAACAGAAUAGUCUUAAACACGUCGGCAUAAAUCUCACACCCAGAGCUCCCUUUCUUCCUUUCCCUCCUGACGGACUUCAUUACUUUAUUUCUCUGCGCGCCAAUGCCCAAUACCACGCCGAAACGAAGGAUUUUUUGAGCAUGAAAAGGAUUGCCAAAUCAUCCGCAAUCCAACAUCACGGACUGAGCCACCAGCAUGAGCACUGGAUACAUAUGCUCCAACAGAAGUUGUUGGUUAGAGAACUAACAAGUCUUGGACCACAAAUACAGCUAAAAGGGGAGAGUCAGUUUUAGGUCUCCACACAAUGGAGCGAGAAUGAACAGAGAGCGGCUUAAAAAAAAGCAUGAACUGGAGGUUUAUUGAGGUCAUCUGCUUCCUGUUUAUAUGGGACCAUAUAACAGUUCAGUCUUCCCGCCAGGACCCGUUGUCCACUGAGCAACAUGUCACCAAACAAUAUGACUGGCUCAUCUCUGACCGCGGACCUUUCCACCACUCUCGAAGCUAUCUGUCCUUUGUGGAAAGAUUCCGGCAAGGAUUUACGACCAGAUAUAAAAUUUAUAGGGAAUUUGCACGUUGGAAGGUGAGGAACACAGCGAUUGAGAGAAGGGACCUGAUCCGGAACCCCGUCCCACUCAUGCCUGAGUUCCAGCGCAGCGUGCGCCUGCUGGGCCGCAGACCCACCAGUCAGCAGUUUAUUGACACCAUCAUUAAGAAAUAUGGAACCCACAUUCUGAUUUCAGCUACACUGGGAGGGGAGGAGGCACUGACUAUGUACCUGGCCAAAAACAAGCUGGACAGGAAGCUUGCCAAUGCUACUCAGAACGUGGAAGCCCUUCAUCAGCUGGCCUCGUCAUACUUCAUUGACCGUGACGGCACGAUGAGGAAGUUGCAUGAGAUCCAGAUUUCCACCAAUGCCAUCAAGGUGACAGAGACACGGACGGGACCCCUGGGAUGCAGUAGCUAUGACAAUCUGGACUCAGUUAGCUCAGUCCUUCUGCAGAGCCCCGAGAGCAAGCUUCAUCUGCAAGGUCUUCAGGUCAUUUUCCCAGAAUACCUGCAGGAGAAAUUUGUCCAGUCAGCUCUGAGCUACAUUAUGUGCAAUGGGGAGGGAGAGUAUGUGUGUCGCAACAACCAGUGCAUCUGCCAGUGCGCCGAGGAGUAUCCCCAAUGCAACUGUCCCAUCACCGACAUCCAGAUCAUGGAGAACACCCUGUUGGGGAUGUCUGAGUCAUGGGCUGCCUCUUAUAAAGACUUUGAGAACUCAGAUGAGUUCAAGUCCUUCCUGAAGAGACUGCCCUCCACUCACUUUCUGCCCAUCAGCAGUGUACAUCUCCUGUGGGGCAGCGACUGGGACCUGCAGGCUCGUUACAGGCUCCUUCAGAGUUCUCUGGAGAUCCAGCGGCUCAAGAUCCAGCGCACAGCACGCAAGCUCUUUGGCCUCAGUAUCCGCUGUCACCAUAACCCCAACCACCAGAUGCCUAGGGAGAGGUCUGUGAUGCAAUGGCUCAACAGGGUUCAGUCCUUCCUCUACUGCAAUGAGAAUGGGUUCUGGGGGACCUUCCUGGAGAGCCAAAGGACGUGUGUGUGCCACACAGGUGUCACCUUGUGCCAACGACCCAUCCCAUGUGUCAUAGGAGGCAACAACAGUUGUGCCAUGUGCAGUCUAGCCAACAUUUCACAAUGUGGCUCCUGCAACAAAGGCUACAAGCUAUACCGUGGUCGCUGUGAGCCCCAGAAUGUGGACUCAGAACGUAGUGAGCAGUUCAUCAGCUUUGAAACUGAUCUGGACUUUCAGGACCUGGAAUUAAAAUACCUGCUACAGAAAAUGGAUUCGCGACUGUACAUUCAUACUACUUUCAUCAGUAAUGAGAUCCGCCUGGAGACAUUCUUUGACCCUCGAUGGCGUAAGCGCAUGUCCCUGACUCUCAAAAGUAACAAAAACCGGAUGGACUACCUCCAUAUGAUAAUCGGUCUGUCAAUGAAGAUCUGCCAGAUGCGAAAUAGCAGUAUUGACCCCAUGUUCUUUGUUUAUGUCAACCCAUUCAGUGGUAGCCACUCAGAAGGUUGGAGUAUGCCCUUUGGUGAACAUGGUUAUCCACGCUGGGAAAAAAUACGACUGCAGAACUCGCAAUGCUUCAACUGGACACUCCUGCUGGGCAACCGGUGGAAGACCUUUUUUGAGACAGUGCACAUCUAUCUGCGUAGCCGUGCUAAGGUCCCAACUGGCCUACGCAAUGACACAGGACAGGGCCCAGUGGAUCUUGGAGACCCCAACAAGCGCCAGAUCUAUAUAAAAAUAUCUGAUAUCCAAGUGUUUGGCUACAGCCUGCGCUUUAAUGCUGACCUGCUCCGUAGUGCUGUGCAGCAGGUUAACCAAUCGUACACACAAGGAACUCAGUUCUACUCAUCCUCAUCUGUUAUGCUCUUGCUACUGGACAUUAGGGAUCGGAUUAACCGCCUAGCCCCUCCAUCUGCACCUGGCAAGCCCCAGCUGGACCUUUUCUCUUGUAUGCUAAAGCAUAGGCUGAAGCUCAACAACAGCGAGAUGAUUCGAGUAAAUCAUGCCUUGGACAUGUACAGCACAGAGAUACUAAAACAAUCAGAUCACCUGACUGCUAAACUCUGUUGAACACAGUAACAUUACCAUAAGAACAGCAAACUACACACAAACAACCAACAAAUGAACUAUGAUACUGAUCUUAAUUUUGUUUCCUCUUUUUAAUUUUUGGACCUUUUCUGCCUUUUAAUGUAAUAUUAACUUUGUAAGAACAGUUCUUAAAGAGAAAAAUGAAAGAGGCAGUGAUGGCGAGUAUUUCAGGCUGAUAAAGAAGAUUAAUGGAACCACCAUAAGGACUGUAUCAUAUUUGUCCCAGCAUGUCUGUCAUUCCCUAAAAGAACUUAAACAAGAGAGAGAAAGAGAGAAAAAAAUGGAAAUAUUAAAUCUAUGUACCGGUGAAAAAGAGGCCUUGAUUUUACUAUGAAGGAUCAAAGGUUAUAUCUGAAACUGCCAUUCUUUACUGAGAAAAAAAAAAACAUUUUUAAAGGAAUAACAACAUAACACAAGGGCAGACCAGAUAUGCUUUUAUUUCAGCUAAUGUGCAAAAUAUUUCAGAAAUAAUGGACAGUUUAAUAUUAAAGACGUUUAUACAUUGUAAGGAUUAAUUAGCCCUAGUGAGUAAGUAGUCAACACAUUACAUAUAGAGUCUUUAUUACAUUUCAAACCCACAGCGAAUCUGUAUUACUCUUUGUGAGUUAUGAGACACUCUGUCAUUGUUCUGACACAUAAGGCACACAGCAGGGCAGUAAUGGAUAUUCAUGUCAAACGACAAAAGCCAGCUGUUUAUAUAUACAUAUAUAUGUGGGUGAAUGUGUGUGUGUAUGUGUGCGUGUGCAAAUGUGCGUAUACCUUUUUUUGGCUUGACGCUUAUCGCUGUUCGUUAAUUGAAUGUGUCAUUUGAGACUGACUCCAGUCUAAGCUAAUUCUUGCAUUUGGAGCGCUUCUUCCCGUGUUUGAAAUUCAAGCUGUGUUUUUCACAAGGCAGUACCUCCUGGUGCGUGAGUGCAAUAUUGUGGUCUGAAGAUUUAACAAUCAAUGCUAUUUUGUACAGCUUUGCAAAAUGUACAUGUUGUGACUGCUGAUUUGUGGAGCUUUUCAGCACCAAGAGCAAAAUGUAAACAUUCAUCAUUCAGGCACAUUUAAGAGAUAACUUAAAGCCAUACACUUCCCUGAGGCAGACAUUUGUUAAAACUAAACUUUCACUUGUUUUACUUAGUAGUUCAUUACACGGAAACCAUGUUCCAUUUGUAUUUUUUUUAAUUCUCUCAGCUGAUUUCAGAUAAGAGCACAGCAAAAAUGCCGAUGACAAGAGAUGGGAUAUUAUGUUGGAUAAGAAUCAUAGUGCAAUGCCAUUGAAUUUCUACGUCGUGCCACAGGAAAAAAACUAAAAAGAAAUAGUCAUAUUAAAACUUAAAGUACCUUUCUGACAGUGUUUAAUCUGUAAGCAUUUUAUGUGUAAAAAUGUCUGUUUUUUCUUUUCAAAUACGAAUUGUAACAUUUCCUUUUGCAUGUUGCUAAAAACAUUACCAGAGCUGUAACUUUGGUUUUAACACCCUCAGUCAUCAAACUGAAAUAUGAAAAACUACCUAUGUAUUGUUGGUCACACUUUAUUUGGGUAAUCUGAUGCUGAAACAUUACUAUUGCUGAUGACUUUUGUAAUUCCAGUCCAUUACUUUCCUGUUUGUCGAUAACAUCAAAGGCAAGGUCACUCAUGUUGUACAACCUAGCUGCCCUGGCCAGACAUGAGCUUGAACUUAAAAAGAGGAGAAUUCAUACUUAGUGUUGUCACAAAACACUGGAAAGUCCUUCGUUCCAGUGCAAAAGCUGCCAGCUCAGUUGCAGGCUUUUAGACAAACAUCUAAAGAAAAAAAAAAACACUGUUACAGUUAUUGUCUUUCAUGUCUGUUAGUAUUUUGAAGUAGUUUUGUUGUUUUUUAUUUUUUGUUUUUGUUUGCUUAAUUUUGUGUUCUUUAAAAUAACUGCUGUAAGAUUAUUUGUGGGAUUAGCUGUAAGCAGAGUUGUGUAAUAUAUUUAGGAACAACCAUGAUGGUACAACAACAAUCGCACCAUAAAUCAGGUUUGGAAUUCUUCUACCGAUUCAGCGCCUCUUGAACACAGUGAUCAAAGCUUGGGGCACUGACUUAAUCCAGAAAUUGCAGUGGCCCUAGAUCAAAUGUUCUAGGCACGUAGCUUUGUCAGCUGCAAAUGUCACUGCAUCCACAAUCACAACUUUAAUAGUCAUCUCUGUACAUUGUUGUCACAAUGUAGGCAAACAGAAUCAUGUCAGACUUUGUGUGAUGUUGAUUAGCCCUAUGUUUUAUUUUACUGUAGUGAGUCUUUCCGUAAAGUCUCUUAAUGUUUUAGAGGUGCUUUGUAAAUAACUUUCGGUGUGUCACGACAAAAUCAGUUGAAUUUGACUGGGUAGUGUGACAAAUACUCUACCAAUUUCCAGUUUAUGGGUAGCUCAGAUGUGGUGGCCAGUUUAGGACAACUAAGGCUCAGCUUGCCCAGCUCAGCUUUAUGUUAUCAAAUGAAUCUUACAGUGCAACACUUACCAGUCCUUAUCAUCAGGCUCUGUCAGGUAAUUAGCUGAACAUCUGUAAAGACCAGUGGUGGUGGAAACUAGGUACAUUUACCCAAGUACUGUACUAUACACAGGACAAUUUUAAGGUAUAGUAUUGCCAUUUUCUGCUACUGCAUAUUUGGACUUUUCAGAGGUGAAUAUUGUACUUUUUACUGCACUGCAUGUACUCGAUAACUUUAGUUCCUUUUCAAAAUUAGAUGAAUAAAACUAAAUACAGUAUAACUUUAAGACUUUAUUGAUCCCCAGCGGGAAAUUCACACGCUACCCA